AUGGAAGAUACCCAGGACCAAACUUCACAAACACAACCAUGUCGCCAGUUUUCCCUCUCAGAGAUUCAGAUAGCCACCCAUCGAUUUGAUGAGGAAUCCGUCAUAGGUCAAGGUGGAUACGGGAAGGUUUAUAAAGGUUCUAUCAAGAUUGGAGAAACAUAUGUCCUUGUAGCCAUGAAACGGUUGCAUUCCAAUUCAAAUCAAGGGGCCUUGGAAUUCUGGGCUGAAGUUGAGAUGCUUUCUAAAUUGAGGCACUGUAACUUAGCUUCUUUGAUUGGUUAUUGUAAAGAUGCAAACGAGAUGAUUCUUGUCUACGAGUAUAUGCCCAAAGGAACACUUGAAGAUUGUCUUCGUAAAGGUGCCACUCUUUCAUGGUUAUUGCGGCUCAAUAUAUGUAUAGGUGCUGCUCGUGGAUUAGAUUACCUCCACACAGGCACCGGAACUAAACAAGCAAUUUUGGGUUGGCGAAAGUGGGCCCCACCAAUACUUCUGUUACCACAGGAGUCAAAGGGACAUUCGGAGGUGUUAUGUGGGAGGCCUGCUGUGGACACAACUCUUAAAGAAGAGCAAUGGGGUCUAGCAAAAUGGGCUCAAGAACGUAUUACAAAAGGAAAAUUAUCCAAGAUUAUUGAUUCUAGAUUGAGGAGGCGAAUAUCGAGUAAUUGUUUGAAGGAGUUUGCAAAGAUCGCAGUUAGAUGCUUGCAUACUGAUGCAAAUAAACGGCCAACAAUGGCGGAAGUUGUAGCAAAGCUUGAGUUGGCGUUGUCUUUACAAAAAAAGGUGGAUCCUUCUGCUGCAAAAGGUAGAGUGCGCAAGAAGGCAUUGUCUUUUUUUAAAGCUGAUGUUCCAAAAUUGAUCAAUUCAAUAACUUCUUAUUUGGCAAUAAGAAAACCUGUUGUGUUAGCGACUUCUAUAGUUGAUGCAGACUAUGAAUCUGGUGGACAUAUGGUUCAUUUCGAUGGUGGGUUUGAGUUAAGUCUAAUCGAGUUGCUUACAGCAUCUGCCAAGAUUCUAAAUGAAAAACCUUACUGUAGGACAUAUGUAGCAUAUCUUUCAGAUGGUUCUCAAGUUGUUGUUAAACGCAUACUAACUCAAUUAAGCCAAAAUAAUUUUGCUACUGCUGUUUCUGCCCUUGGAAAGAUUCGCCACAUGAACGUAUUGGAUGUUAAGGCCUAUUACUGGGGUAGAGGAGAGACAUUAUGUGUCUUUAAAUUUAUGAUUAAUGGGAGUGUUGCGUCUCUCUUAAAAUCUUCCCGGAUUAAGCAUGGGUCUAUAACUCCAUUUGAGUGGCCACAACGGAUAAAUAUAAUUAUGGGAAUCACAAGAGGCCUCCUCUACCUUCACACUCAAGAGAAGAUAAUUCAUGGAGACCUUAAGUUGAGCAUGAUAUUGCUCGAUGAGGAUUAUAAUCCCGUGAUUGCUAAUGUUGGUCUCUCACAGCUUAUGCCAGCCACAAGAAAAAGGGUUCGAAACAAUUGUGCACCUGAAUUCAGCGGAUCAGUGAAUGCAACAGCAGAGGUUGACAUAUAUAGCCUAGGAAUUAUAAUGUUACAGCUUUUGUCUAGAGAGUCUGCUAAGAGAAGAAAAAGUUCAGUUGAUUUGCCGACAUGGGUAAGAUCAGUACCAAAAGAAAACUGGUCUGCUAAAGUGUUUGACGAGAAACUCAUUCAGGAAACAUCCUUCAAUGGCAAUUCAUUGGUCAUGAUAAUGGAAUUAGCUCUCCAGUGUGUUGAGUAUGACCCUAAGGACAGGCCUACAGCUAAUGAUGUCAUUCAGGCACUGGAACAGAUUCAGGUGUAGAUGAUGAUGUUGUUAGCCAUGGUGUCGAAAGAUAACUACAAGUAGGCACAUGCGGAUAUUUGUUUCCAAUUGUAGUCCUAGGUUAGCAAGAUUGUAUUAUAUUACUGUACCUAUGUAUUAUAUGGAAGAAUACCAAUG